GUUCGGUUUGGGAGUGCGUUUAUGCAACAGAGAGCAUUCUGUCAUCAUCUUACAUUGGCAGUCAUUUAAAAAGAAGCUGCGAAGGGCUUCCUGGCCAGUAUAAGAGAAGUGCUGUGUGAGGAACAGAUUUCAGAGAGUCUGUUAGCCUCAUUUCCUGGGCGGAGAGCUUUCGGCUCUGUUGAAGCAACGGCAACCUGAAAGGAGGGCGACAAGCUCUGACAAGCGAGGAGAGGGAGUGUGUUACAAGAGGGAGCUAAUAAAAAGAGUGCUGUACGAGAGACUCCUUUACUCCAGACUGAGGUCAAAAGGCAUACAAGUGGACAAACAGAAGAGAACAAAGGCAAGCAGGGAAGGAAAAAAGGACAUUUGCUGUCAUUGCUGCGCUUCAUGCGUCUACUGCCUGGCUACUCAUGGACGGUUCAUUUGUUUCGCUCUUUUUGUUUACUCCAUCUGUCACUCGAGACUCAUGGGUUGGACGUGGUUAGUUUGAUUUUCCUGACACAUUACAUCACCGGGGCCAAAACGUCAGGGUAUUUUCCGAGAGGAUCUGUUUUCCUUUCAAUUCCUCUCAGUGAAAUGUGAGUUUGUGUCGGGGUUGGGGGGAAAGCAGUGUGUUUGGUUAGCCGUGACAGUCGAUCUUUCCACUUGUCUCUGUAGUGGGAAAAGCUUAAGAGAAAAUGAGGUUAUAGCCCUUAAAAAGCCAUCUACAAAACACCGUUACUUAUUUUGACUGAUCUCUUGUGAAGACUUCGCUCUGCUCUAGAGUUAUUCAAACUUGGUUAAACCUCUUUACCAAGUUUCGUCUGGUUUACAGAGCUUUGGAAGCAACUCGUUUGACUAACACAAGAUUUGCAUGUGAAAUGAAGAACUUUCAAACUCUGCAAGUCACCGGUACUGUUAUCUGAUUGUCUGAAUGCUUCCGGAAAAUCGGUCUGACCAACAGAGGAAACCUAAUGUUGUAAAUCUUUGAGGAAAUCUGAGCUGGACACGUCCCUUUGUCUUGUCACGAAUGCAGGAUGCAGCUGGAUGGGGUUGUCUGGUUUAGUCAGGACUUCUUAGAGGUUUCUGUGCGAGAUGACAACAUCUGCUGAAGCAUCAAGACCAGAGAAGCUGUGAGUAGAGAGGAAAGUUAGUGAGCAAGCACGGUUACAGAAGUGUCAUUGUAUCUGGACCUCUGCGUGUUUUCACAGCAGGAACUAUCCAUUACUAGAGGAGAGAAAACGAGUCAGUCCAGACGCAUGGACUCACACAAGCACUUCUGUGUGUUUCUGCCAGCAGUGAGCCGGUGGUAAAGCUGUGCCGAAAGGAAAAAAUGUAUGCUUAGACGCAUAUAUAUAAGUGCAUGUGGUGGCGUUCAGGUGUAGCCUAGCGAUCGCAUGGUCUUUGUGUGCCUCAAAGCUUGUUUAUGUGAGGGAGUGCUUGCCCCAUUUGGCCAAACUGCACCUGGAUGGACCUCUGAAACAGGUGAAGUAUCAGGAAUUUCCCUUAUUAGACAGAUAUCAGCUGUUCUGUUGGCUUCAUUAUUCAAGGUGCUUUCCAGAAUCAUCAUCGGGUAGCAUCACCUCAAUAAUAACAAAAGACUGCCGUGUCUGUUUGAUCCAAACGCUCUGCAUCAAUCACAGACUCUUGGUGAGCCUCUCUCUCCUUACCUAAAGACAGUUUGCUCUCAGAUUUGGCACCAUGAGGUUGCUUUGUUUGGUAGUGACGGCCCUGUGCAUGGUGGCUAGAACAGGAGGUAUGUCCACGUGCAAAACUCUGGAUCUGGAGGUGGUGAAGAAGAAACGGAUAGAGGCCAUCCGCGGUCAGAUCCUCAGCAAACUGCGCAUGGCCAAAGAGCCCGAAUCUGAGAUAGACGAUGAUGGACUGAAGAUCCCAGACGACUUGCUUUCUUUGUACAACAGCACCGUUGAACUGAGCGAAGAAAUGAAGAUGAAGCCCGUUUCUGUGGAGGCUGAAGAUGAAGAUUACUUUGGCAAGGAGGUGCACAAGUUCACCAUCCAACAAGCUCAGAAUGGCACAAAGCAUCAGAUGACUUUUAACAUGUCAGAGAUGAAGCAGACUAUUCCAGACCACCGGCUCCUGUCUCAAGCCGAGUUACGGCUUCGGAUUAAGAGCCCUACAAUGGACCAGGAGCAGAGGCUGGAGCUGUAUCGUGGAACGGGCGAUCAGGCUCGAUAUCUGGGCACUCGCUUUGUCUCCAAGGCCUUGUCUGAUCGCUGGCUCUCGUUUGACGUGAAACAGACGAUAAUAGAAUGGCUGCAGGGCUCAGAAGAGGAAGAAAGUUUAGAGCUGAGGUUAUACUGUGGCUGUAAGACAGACCAGCAGAGUACUGAUAAGUUCCUCUUCAUGAUAUCAGGACUAGACAAGCAGAGAGGUGACACUGCUGAUCUGGCAGGGAUGAUGCCAAAGCCUUAUAUUCUGGCUUUAUCUUUGCCUUCUAAUGGCAGCUCCCUUGCAUCUGCUCGCAGGAAACGAGCUGUUGGCACUGAUGAAACUGAUGAAAAAAACGAGAUCUGCAGUAUGCGGAAGCUUUACAUUGACUUUCGGAAAGAUCUGGGUUGGAAGUGGAUUCACAAGCCCAAGGGAUACUUUGCCAACUACUGCAUGGGCUCCUGUACCUACAUCUGGAAUGCUGAGAACAAAUACUCUCAGAUAUUAGCCUUAUACAAACACCACAACCCCGGUGCGUCUGCUCAGCCUUGCUGCGCACCUGCAGUCCUUGACCCUCUGCCCAUUCUGUACUAUGUGGGCAGACAACACAAGGUGGAGCAGUUGUCCAACAUGGUGGUGAGGAGCUGCAAAUGCAGUUAGAGUUCAUCUGACUGCACAGCAUUAUGUUAUCUUCAGAAAGUGCUCCAUGGCUCUAACUCUCUCUGGACCAUAAGUAAGCAAAUGCACGGAGAGAUGAACAUAAAGUCUCAGUGGGAAGGAAAAUCAGGAGCUAAGACAACUGACAUGGACAGGAAAGAGGACAUUCGGACAAAAGUGGAGGCAAAAGGAAAGAGGAAUAUCUUUGAAAAUCAGACUUUCUCUGCGAUGCCCAUCUACAAUGGCACACAAAGACAUUUCGUUAAAUCAUUUCAUAAAACAAGCUCAAUAUUAAACCACGUAUAUGCUUUGUUACCUUCUUUUUUUCCCCCUAAUAAUUUAUUGUGCUGGCUAAGUUCAUAAUUUGAUUGUACCAUGAAGGCAGGUGCAUAGCAUUGCAUGCCAAAUGUACGUUGAAGAUUUAUAAUGGUGCUGAACCGAUAAAGGAAAUGAUGUCAAAGGAACAUUUCAUGUGUCAAUUAAAGGAAAACACGUAAAAGACAAGUGUUCGCACUUAAACGACGGAGGUGAAGACUCAUGACGUACAGUAUCAGACUUAGAAGAAAGCUAAUGGGAUUGGAGCAUGCAUCAAUGAACUGCUUUUUUAAUGUGCGCGGGGUGGGUUUUAUUGCUGUGCACAGCUGUCCUCUGAAACCUGAACAGGUGUUUCUGUGAACAGGGUCUGAGUGACCAAGAGCAAGAGGAACACUAGAGGAAUAGUAUUGAAUGGCGAACAUUUCAAAGCUCUCAUGUGCUCCCUAACCGCACACAAUGCACACUACCGAGUGUCACAGGAUCAUGUCUGCCUCUUCAGGUCCUCCUGUAGUCAGGGUUUGUUAGUUCUCAAAAAUAUCUACAGCUUUGCUAAAGGAAUCUGUUGGUCAAUCUCAGCAAAACAUGUCCGGGACACAUUUCACAUAUGUGAGCCUGCAGCACAAAAGCAGUGUUAAGUCGCUGGGGUAUAUUUGUAGCAAUAGCCAA